AUGGCAGCGUGCCCGAACAACGUGAAAGGAACAGGUGAAAUGUGUCGACUAUCCAGUGCGACUUGUCGUCGUCGUCGACAUGCGGAAGGUGGAACCAUUCGUGCGCAUAGGGUCAUCUUGUCGGCUUGUUCGCCGUAUUUUCAAGAACUUUUCGAAGAGAACCCCUGUCAGCAUCCUACCGUCGUCCUCAAGGAUGUUUCUUAUCCACAUUUAGUGGCAUUACUUCAUUUCAUAUAUCGUGGAGAGGUAGAGGUGGAUCAAGCCGAUCUUCCACAUGUCAUAAUGGUCGCCGCUUCCUUGCGCAUUCGGGAACUUGCAGAAAUUGCAUCCCAUAUUGAAAUGACAUCCCCCACGACAUCGGCCCCAAAAUCGAUUCAGCUACCUGCCUUGAAACGGAGACUCGACGGAGGAAGUCUAGUCAAGGGUCAUACCAGCGCCGUCACUGACGUUUCCUCAGUCGGAUCCCAGUUCAGCGGCAAUAACAGCGACGGCAGUGACACUGGCAUGAUGAACGCGAGUAGUCCGCCCGAUUCAAAGCGCGUUAAAACCUGCAGCGACUCACACUACGGAGACGGAAAUGGUGUUCUCAGUGAAGAUUCCUACACGGACCACCACGAUCACUCGCAAGAUUCCCCGUCUUCUGCUGACACUGCGCCGAAUCUAGUCAUGGAACUGGAACCGAACGGCAACGGUCAUGAUGACGAGGACGAUGAUGAUGACCGAGACCCGUUGGCAGCCGAUGAAGUCGAUUCGGAGAAGGAUCCGUUGUCUCCGACGGACGACGUCAACGAUGAAGAUCCGUUAUCCCCGCAGAAAGAUUGUAUUGACGAUUCCGUAGACGGCUGCUUGAACGCUUUGGGAAAUCGGAGUGGUGAUCUGGGGAAGGAGUGGUGCAGCGAUGCUGCAAACAUAAAGGAUGAAACGCGUGGAAUGCAAACGUCGUUGCGGAUGUCAGACUUCGGCUUGGGAUGCAAGAAACAGGAAAAUGCGGCUGUUGCUUCGAUGAAGCCAGUCGAUCUCUCGACAUCAUCAAACGCCAACUCGCCGCGGUCCUCGCACUGCUCUGGUCGCAAGAACUAUCCGACGUUACCUCCCCCACUUGCGUUGAUUGGCUCUCGCAAUCCUACGGACCUGGUGAAUGUUCAACCAAAGAAGAAGAAACCAAACAUCAACAACAACACGAGCAUUGGGCAUAUUAAGAAAGAAAACGAUUCGGGCAGUGGUGGCGAGAGUCCGAAACGCAUACCGUCUGUCAAAAUGGAGGUGCCGUGUGAUGGGCAGUUGGAAGUGAGCCGCGUUGGCCGUGACGUGCUUCUGCGUCCGGGACCAUUUAUCACGAUCCGCGAAGUUAUGCGCUACUCGGUCCGGUUCCGUAAACGACGAAAUCUCUUGCUGAAACUGUUCAGCGAGCUUGAAGAAAUGGAAAUGGGAACUAUAGUGAACUUCCAGAAUUCGGUCGUUUUCUGCAAAGCUCCGCCGAUGCUGCUCAACCGCGCUGCGCUGCUUUACGUGGGAAUCACUUUUGAAGAGUAUCUCAAUAAGUUCCUGCUGUCGAAUCAGAACCUCAGCCCGCGGAUGAAAGAAAGCCUUGUUAUGCUUUCGCCCUACGCCCCUGAGGCGUAUGCUGAUGUUGUGUGA